CGUAGCACGGGAAUAAUCAAACGAAACUAUACAUAAAAAGAUUCUAACAUUAAGGAGGAGAAUAUAAGAAGAAAAUCAAUUUCAUUUCCCUUAACACUAUAACUAAUAAAACCAACUUUAUACCGCGAAGAAAAGAUAUUCUAAAUAUUUACACUUGAUGUGUCUGAGAACAAUAAGAUUUACUAUUAAAUAGUGACACUGUGUAGGCUUAAUUGAACACAAAACUUGCGUCUCAUACAAAAUGUCGUGAUGUGAAAUGUAAAUUUAAAAGCAAUACUUGAUGAAUUUUGCCGUAGAAUGUAGCGUCAGGAUAUGAAAGAAAAUAACAUCAUGAAACACCGACUAUAUAAAUAUGACAAUAACUAACUGAUAAUAGUACGAACUCUUGAAAAAGAUGUACGUGAAAAUGUAUUUUAUAGUGUUAUGAAUUUGGGCAAUAACGAAUUAUCCAGUAAGAUUGAAAUGGAUCCAGUGAAGAUGCAAGGGACCAUAUUAUUUGCCUAUAUCGCAUAUAUUGCAAUUAGUAUGGUGAAUUAUGCCGAAAGCAGUGAAUUUCCAGAAAGAGAGUGUUGUGAUCCAAUUUAUCCACCGAUACCAAAUCCGGAACCUGUGCCUCCAGCACUUCCAACAACAACCAUUUCACCAUCGUCGCCUACACCAACGGGACGUUCAGGACCAAACAUCAAAACAGCUAUUGCUAUUUUGAACUGUAUUUUGGCGAGGCAGUUAUGUUUCGAGGAUCCAUCAUGUUCAGCAAUAUUAGAGAUUAUUCCGAGAGUAUGCGGUCCAGUACCAGUGUCUUGCAGUACAGUAACUGUUACAAAAUGUCAAGCCGCCCUGAGAACACUACAAGCAUUUCCCUUCUUUCGACCAACUUGCUUGUGCAAAGAGCCUGGAGUUGAUCCUGAAUGCAACUAUUUUCGAGACUUCCUUUUUGAUCAUCCAUGUGGCUUUGUACAGAAGAAAGAAAAAGAUCCAUAUCCCAUUGAUGCAUUGCCAACGUGCAAUCAUGCUUUGUCAGUAUGUCAACAGGAGAGAAAGUGCAUAAAACUAUUCGAGGACUUUAAGAUACACUGCAAAGUUCGUGAGAACAAGUGUCGCAUGGAGGACAGGGAUCUGUGUCACGAAGCCUGGACAAAUCUACGCUUAUCCCCGAUGUUUGGCUGCAUCUGUCCCAACAAUCACAUGAAACGGAGGUGCGAUCGAAUUUUCAGUAUGGUUAAUCACAACCCGUGCGUGGGUAAGUAA